AGGCAGAGAAAGCUAAACACAAUCAGUUCUCAUGGCUUCCUCUACCUUCCCAGAUGUAUGGGCGUGGAUUCAGAGCCUUCCACCAGUUACUAAUUGGAGAGAAGACUUAAUGUCCAUAUGUAUCUGUGGUUUAAGGUCAUCACCGUCCCUUAAAUUAUCCGUAGCCAAAAAUCCUCAAUCUCCAUUUCUCUCAUUCUCUAUGAUUGCAGAUUUCAACCUCCCGGUAUCUCUUUGGACCUCAAAACCAUUUAAACUCAGCUCCACAACUUCAAAGUUUGUAGAUGAAGAAACCAUUUUCAAUCUCUUGGUUAAUAUCAUUGAGGAUGUUCUUGGCUACUGCCCAAAUAGAAACACCUCUUUACUUAGAAUCCCCAAAAUAGAUUCACUGAACAACUUCAAAGAUGUAUUUAACAUCUCAUUUCUGACUCUCACCUUCCUAAUUUGCAUCUAUGAAGCUCCUGUAGAUAUCCGCUCAGAAUGUCUUAAUACUCUCAAGAACCAACUAGCAUGCCUGCGCUCAAGAGAAACGACAAAGCUAUUUAUGAGGAUCUUAGGAUCCAACUCAGAAGAGCAAUGGAUGAGAUCAAUAAACCUUGCCAUCACCAACUGGAUUGUUGAGCUCCGAGCUAAUAACAACAACCUCAAGACACUAUCCCCUCUGUUCUCUUAUGCAAUUUCAGCAGUUGGAUUAUGGAAAGUUCAUUUGUAUUGUCCUGUAAUAGCAAUGGAUAUUGAGAAAUCAACCAAUCCUCCACCCGAUGAUCGCUUGUGGUUCUCUUUGAACUAUCACCAACUUGAGGGUGUGAUCCAAUUAAAUUACAAAGUCACCGUUCGGGAGAAGUGGAUUGACGUGAUGGUGGAUGUGGACAACAUAAGGUGCGAUGUAAUUCGACUCGCAACCAAGACCCUCCUUUCUGAGCGAGGAGCUGGAACAGCCGAAAAACACUUCCCAUCGCGAAUCUCCUUGCAGCUUACUCCAACUCUUCAGACCAACGUGUUAAGCAUAUCAGUCGGCAAAUCCUCGGAAAACCCUAGGAGAGAGAUCGGCUUCGAAAAGACGCUCGAAGGCGGAUUCGAUUCGACUACUUCCUUGGGGCUUAGGGUUUCCGCUGGAGAGACGAUGUCAAUGAGCUUGAAGCCCUGGAAGUUCGAGCAAUCUGUCCAUGGAGAUACCGCGAAGUUGAAUUGGUUUCUUCACGACAGCGAGGACGGAAGGGAGGUGUUCUCAUCGAAGCCUUCAAAGAUGGCGUUGCUUCAACCGAAGGCCUGGUUCAAGAACCGCUAUUCCAGUGCUUAUCGGCCUUUCACCAAGCAAGGAGGAGUGAUAUUUGCUCACGAUGAAUACGGAGAGAAUCUAUGGUGGAAGGUGCAGAGAGGAAGCGUGGGGAAGCAGAUGGAAUGGGAGAUCAGAGGGUGGAUUUGGUUAACGUAUUGGCCGAAUAAACAUCGGACAUUCUAUAGCGAGACGAGGCGGCUGCAGUUCAGAGAAACCGUUCAGCUCACUCUUCCUUAAUUAGCUGAAAAAUAAAUAAGAAUGGCAUUUGCAGAACAACCGCACCGCAGCUGCUUCAGCUUCGACUUUCGAUUCAGUUUCUUCUCGUCACCUCACAGAAUGUGGCGCGUUUCAUCGGUUCAUAUCCUGCAAGCCAUCAUACUUGUACUAAUAAGUCUGAAUUAAGUUUUUUUUUCACAUUUUACCUUCAUUGUUCAAUGAAAUCUGAAUUCUGUUUUCAUUUUUAA